GCCCUAUGUCAGUCCUUCCACAAUUGGAGACUCUACUACCCCACAAACAAGGAAGGCGAACGUCACCAUGAAAUCUAGAAUCUAAUCUGAUUUAUAGUUUUCCACAAACUCCAUUUUUCUCUUUUUAUUUUCCCAUAUACACCAUUCAUUCCACUUUCCUUCACUAAGUAAACGAUACACAAUCCUUAUUUAUUUACAUACUUUCGGUCUCACCAAAGCAUCCAACAGGUACGGAACUAUAAUCUCUCAAAAGUCUAACUAGCAAACUAACAGAAGACCCAGAAUGGAUCCAACACUCGAGCAGAUCGUCGCCGCCACAAAAGCCUCCCUCAAAGCCAACGCAACCUUAAUCGACGAAGCAAAAUGCCACGUGUAUGGCCAAUUCCUGCAUAGAAUGAACCAAGCCGAAGCCAACGGCCUCUACUGGAGCUGCUUCAUCUUCAACAUCAUGUUAUUGAUAAUCGUAGCAUGCCUCUACACCAGCUCCAUAAAACGCCAGAAGUACGUCUAUCACUCCCACGUUUCCAUAAAUAAACAGUGCACUAAUCUACAAACAAAAAGGGCUUUCGAAAUCGCGUUCCACGUCUCGACCUGGCACCCCGAAAUUUCAGAACGCGACAUCGAAGGACUACGCCGCUCGCACCGCAGAAGCGAGCACUGGCUCCUCUUCGCCAGUUUCGUCGCUGCUUCGGUCAUGAUCCCCGUGAUCAUCAUCGAGGCGUUGGCUGGUCUCAACAUAAAUUUCUGCCACAAGCAGGAUCUGAUCAUGUUCUACUGGGGUCCCUUCUUUUUGCUCUCGGUAGGAACACUAAUUGCUACCUGGGGACUCUUCUUGAGUCAGAGUAUCGAGAAUGAGCCAGCUUGGAACGUGGCGCUGGGUACGCCUGUUCUGGUAUUUGCUGCGCUGGGCCACUGGGCACAUGUUUUUGUGAGGUAUAGUUGGAGACAGAUGAGAGAUAAGGAGAAGAAGGUUGUGCAUCCAUCGUUGGCGCCUCGGGAUUUGUGUCCGAGAUAGUAAGUCUUUCGUCAUCCCAUUGGGAAUUCAGUGCUAAUUUUGGGCAGUCUUCCAAUUUGCUUGCACUGCCAAACGGAUUCGAAUUUUCCUACCCGUACUAUGUCUCGCGCAAUAAGUCAGGCCUCAAGUCAGUACCGUUUGGUGCUAAAUGCGGCGCCGGUCGAAACAUCAGCGCUCAGCGUGCCAGAUAGUAUUGUCGAGCAACCCACCAGCAGGGAGAUGCAAGCUGUUGCAGGGCCCAGUAUCCCUGAGAUCAACGUUUCGAAUCAUACUUCUGAGCGGAAUAGUAGCGAAGAGAGGCCUAGUAUACGAUUCGCGGAGCCAGCGUCAAGAUAGUAAGCAUGGGCGAUGUGGAGCACAAGAACUGUAGGAUACUCAGUCCUCACUAUUUUUGCAAUAAGA